AUGGAGAAUCAGACAACGCCAUUGACCACCGGAGUUGAAGACGUCAACAUUCUUGGUUACGAACCGCUAUUGUCGCCAGCACUUUUGCAAAGUGAAGUCCCAGCAUCCCAGAAGUCUAUUGAGACUGCUCUUAAGGGACGUAAUGACUCUAUCAAGGUCAUCAAGCAAGAAGACGAUCGUUUGCUCGUUGUUGUUGGUCCAUGUUCCAUCCACGAUUACGACGCUGCCAUGGAUUACGCCACUAGAUUGAAAAAGCUCAGUGAUGAAUUGCAAAACGAACUGGUUGUCGUCAUGAGAGCAUACUUGGAGAAGCCAAGAACCACAGUUGGCUGGAAAGGUUUGAUCAAUGAUCCAGAUGUCAACUCCACUUUCAAUAUCAACAAAGGUUUGAGAGUUUCUAGACAAUUGUUCUGUGACUUGACUGACAAAGGUCUCCCUAUUGCAUCUGAGAUGUUGGAUACCAUUUCGCCACAAUUCCUUGCUGACCUUCUUUCCUUCGGUGCUAUUGGUGCUAGAACUACCGAAUCUCAACUUCAUAGAGAGUUGGCUUCUGGUUUGAGUUUCCCAAUUGGUUUCAAGAACGGUACUGAUGGUACCCUUGACGUUGCUCUUGACGCUGUCCAAGCUGCUUCUCACCCACAUCACUUCAUGGGUGUUACAAAGCACGGUAUCGCAGCCAUCACUGCAACCAAGGGUAACGAAAACUGUUUUGUUAUCUUGAGAGGUGGUAAGAAGGGAACCAACUACGAUGCCAAGUCUGUUCAAGAGGCCAAGGAGAAGCUUGGUGAGAAGGGUGUGUUGAUGGUUGACUGUUCCCACGGUAACUCUAACAAAGACUUCAGAAACCAACCGCUUGUCUCUGCUGAUGUUGCUAAGCAGAUUGCCAAUGGUGAGGACAGAAUUAUCGGUCUCAUGAUUGAAUCUCACAUCAACGAAGGUAAGCAAUCCGUCCCACCAGAGGGCAAGAGUGGCCUCAAAUACGGUGUUUCCAUCACCGAUGGAUGUGUUGGCUGGGAUACCACCGUCUCCAUGCUUAAGGAGCUGGCCGAUGCUGUCAAGGCCAGAAGAGCAUUGAAGAAGAACUGAAAAGUAUAUAGAUUUUUUCCUUUAGUAAUUAGUCAAGUUCGGUUUCAAUCUCCUAAAGUUCUCUAGUGUAGUGUCUCUGGCACAGGUUGGAAAUUC